CCGCUCGAACCGAGAGUCCGAGCCAUGUCGUGCCUCCCGUCCUCGGCGGCGCCGGACAACGGCCGCGGUGGCGGCGGAAGAGGUGCAGUAGGAGAGGCAAAGAUGGAGAGGCGAUGCCAGUUCUGGCUCCCCAACAAGCGCCGCCUAUGCGCCAACGCUCCUCUUCCUUCUUCCCGGUUCUGCGGCAAUCACAACCCCUCUCCCCGGGUGCCGUGCCCCAUCGAUCCAUCCCACUCCGUGCUUCAUGAGAACCUGGAAUCUCACAUCAAAAGAUGCCCUUUGAGGAAACAGACGCAAGCCUUGGAGUCCCAGCCUUAUUACUCCAAAGGCAUCAACAGUUGCGGUGGCGACGGUGACUUGGAAGAGGAGAAUGUGGGCUCUGCUGCAAAGAGGAGGGCUAUCUUUAAGCUGUCUGUGACGGAGUUCCAUGAUCUUGUGAAGAAGAUCAAGUCGAUACAUUCAGCCGUUGUCGAGGGACUGAAGGAUUCAUAUGUCGUGCCCAAUGCCUGCGAUAAAUGGUUGAAGCAGCAGGUGGACAGGAGAUUGCCGUAUCAGGAGAAGCAUGUCUUGCAGCAGGCGUCGAUUUUGGGUAACAUGGAACAGCUUGGAAUCCUGAGAAAGCCAGCCAAGGAGUCAAAUGAUGUGGUUUGUGGGGAAUGUGAGUUAAGUGAUGGUUUGGAUCGAGAGGAACGAGAGGUCCCCGCAGUUGUUGAGUUUGGAGCUGGGAGGGGAUAUUUGACUCACAUGCUUGCUGAUUGUUAUGGGAUAAGGAAGGUGUUUCUAGUUGAACGCAAGUCCUACAAGCUCAAGGCUGAUCGAACUCUGCGGCAAAGCCAAAGCAUAAUUUUAGAGCGUUUGAGAAUUGACAUAGAGGAUUUGAACUUGCAUGCUGUAGAAUCUUUGAGGGGCAUACCAUAUCUGGCCAUUGGAAAGCAUCUCUGUGGACCAGCAACAGAUCUGACCAUGAGGUGUUGUCUCACUGUGCAAUAUAAUCAAAAUAAGGGAGGGUUCUCAAGUAAUUCUUAUCUGCAAGGCCUUGCCCUGGCAACAUGCUGCCACCAUCUUUGCCGGUGGAAGCACUAUUCAAGAGGGUAUGUUAUGUACUGAAAUUAUACAAAAAUCUGCACAAUCAUCAUGCAAUGCUAAAAGACCUUACACCUUUUUAGAGAUUAUUGUUGCUGCUGCUGUUGUCAUGGGGAAAAUUGCAAUAAGAAAGCAUAACAGAGGAGUCCACAUGGAAUCUGCACUUUUAUUUCAUCUUUAUUUCACUAGAAUGUUCAAAAUUAUAAAAAUGUGUAUCUGCAUAGCAUCUCACACAUUUGGGGUCUUCUAACUUUGUAUAUCAGUUCUCAUCUGUGACCUUUAUAGAUCAACCAUGAAAUCAUGUAGUCUAUGUUUGCAUUGCUAGGAUAUAAAGUCAUCACUCAUCUUAACCUGCAAAUGCGAAGUACGACAUUCUAACUUUGUAUAUCAGUUCUCAUCUGGGACCUAUAUAAAUCAACCAUGAAAUCAUGUAGUCUAUGUUUACAUUGCUAGGAUAUAAAGUCAUCACUCAUCUUAACCUCCAAAUGCGAAGUACGACAUUCGGCGCACCUGUGCCUUCUCCCUCUCCAAGCUGGGGGAUGGCCCACGGGAAUCUGACAUGAACAAAGAAUAUGCAAUCUGUUCCAAAAAAAAAAAGCAAAAUUCCAGAAAUCUUUGUUCAACUUUUUAUUCGAUUCUCAAUAAGAAGCUAAAGUGAUAAGAAUCUUAUUUUCAUGCUGUCAUUUAAAGAAAAAAAAAGAGGUCCUAAAGUAAUUGAAGUUUUGCUUGUCAUUUUUUGAUUACAUGGUCUGAUUCUGUAAUGCAAUCCCCUUAGUAGUCAUG